CUCGCAGCGCGCCGAAUAAGCGUUCCAUAUAAACAUAAAUAGUUGGGGGUGCGAUAAAUUGUAAUAACUUUGUGAUCGUAAUUUAUUUGGAUGUUUCAAAAUUUACUUUGGGAAUAAGUUGUAAGCGUAAGGGAAUGCUGUGCCGAUUUCAGCAGUGUGGAACAGAGACAUAUGUAUUAACAUCGAAAUCCGAACAAUGAGUAAUAUCCAAGCUGAAGUCCUACUGGACGAUGAUAUCUAUUCUGGCUACAAUGAGUACCCAUCGGCUCUUAGCACAAAAGAUCUCGAGCAAGAUGAAAUUAUUCAAGAAGCACUUCGAUCAACUUAUGCAAAAAGACCAAUUACAACAGCGAAGCCUCCCACAGCAAUGCGUCUUGGUACAUCAUCAGGUUAUCGUGAGGGAACCAGCCUAAACUUUCGUCCAGUGACCAGUACACAGGAUGGGGUGAACAGACCAAUGACAGCAGUGAGGGGUGCUGGAUAUACUUCUCAGCGACAGACUCAGCUGUUUGAUCCACUUAAUCAAGCAGCCAGCUCCCCUUCAGCACAGUUGGAAAUGAAAAAAGAAGACACGCCAGAGGAAAAAGCAAAGAAACUUGAAAGAACUAUAGCAGUACUGAUUGAAGAGUCUUGCAUUGCCAACAAUCGUGGUGAGCUACGGCUUGCACUAGAUAAAGCCAAAGAAGCAUCCAGUAAAGAACAGCAUCUCAUUCGUAUGCUUGAUCAACAAGGAUUAAGUGAUAGCCACAAUCUUGAUUUGACAUUUGGUGUUCUUUUCAACUUGGCAAAUCAGUAUGCUGCAAAUGAAAUGUACACUGAAGCUUUGAAUACAUAUCAAAUUAUUACAAAAAACAGAAUGUUUCACAAUGCAAAUCGUCUAAAAGUAAAUAUGGGCAAUAUAUACUUCAAGUUAGGGCAGUAUUCUAAAGCUGUUAAGAUGUAUCACAUGGCACUGGACCAAGUUCCAAAUACUUACAAAGAGUUAAGAAUUAAGAUCAUGCACAACAUUGGCAUAUUAUUUGUGAAAAUGGGGCAAUUUACUGAUGCAUGCUCAAGUUUUGAAUUCAUUAUGCAAGAAAAACCAGAUUUUGUAACAGGACUCCACAUCAUUCUCUGUUACUAUGCCCUUGGUGACAAAGAGAAGAUGAAAAGAAGCUUCCAAUCAAUGCUUGAAGUUCCUCUAAAUAUUGAUGAAGAGAAGUACAGUGCACUGAAGGAUGAUCCAGGAUCCACAUUAAUCUUAGAAGUUAUUAAGAAUGACAGUUUACAUAAGAUAGAACAGAAGAUGAAGAACGAUGCUGAGAGGAGUAUCCUUACUGCAGCAAAACUAAUAGCACCUGUUAUUGAGGAUACCUUCAGUGCUGGUUAUUCCUGGUGUGUUGACACAAUCAAAGCCUCAAAUUACGGAGCUCUCUCAUAUGAUCUUGAAAUUAACAAGGCUGUAAUGUUUCUGAAGCAGAAGGAAAUUUCCCAAGCCAUUGAAACUUUAAAAGGAUUUGAAAAAAAAGACACCAAAGUUGCAAGUACAGCUUCAACAAAUCUGGCUUUUAUUUAUUAUCUUCAAGGUGAUGUUGAACUGGCUGAGAAAUGUGCUGAAAAAGCUCGUGAAGCUGACAGCUAUAAUUCUGCUGCGUUUGUAAAUCUUGGGAAUUGUAGCUUGUCCAAAGGAGAUGCAGAUACUGCAAAGGAGCUCUACAUAUGUGCUCUUGAAAAUGAUGCAUCAUGUGUGGAAGCUCUUUACAAUCUUGGUUUGGUAAACAAGCAAUUAGGAUUGUAUGAUGAAGCUCUGGAAUGCUUUUUCAAACUUCAGACAAUUGUGAAGCAUCAUCCACAAGUUCUUUAUCAGCUAGCCAAUCUCCAUGAACUUGUUGGUGAUGUCGAUCAGGCAACUGAAUGGUAUCUACAACUUAUUGGCAUUGUGCCCACUGAUCCAGGUGUCUUGCAAAAAAUGGGAGAAAUGUAUGACAAUGAAGGGGAUAAACAGCAAGCCUUUCAAUAUCAUUUUGAUUCAUAUCGUUAUUAUCCAUCAAAUUUUGAAGUUAUCGAUUGGCUUGGAUCAUACUCAGUUGAAAUGCAAGUUGCAGAGAAAGCCAUAAAUUACUUUGAACGAGCAGCACUGAUGCAGCCAGAUGAAGUAAAGUGGCAGUUGAUGGUAGCCUCAUGCCAUAGACGGAGUGGAAACUACCAUCAAGCUCUAAAUUUGUACAAGGAAAUUCACCACAGAUUUCCAGAUAAUAUAGAAUGUCUGAAGUUUUUGAUCAGACUAUGCAGUGAUCUUGGAUUGAAAGAAGCUUCUAAUUAUGCUGUGGAACUAAAGAAGCUAGAAGCAUCUAAAGCUGCACGGGAAAGAAUAGGAAGCAGUAGACCAGGAUCCCGUAGAGGUGGAAGUGGUCUGUCAUCACGGGGGGGAUCAGCUGCUGGGAGCUUCAGCCCACAAGGAGGACGUGGCUCUCCUGUGUCAGCAGUCGGUCAGCGGACUGGAGGCAGGGUCGCUUCAGGUUCAGGCUCUGCAUCAGGAUCGGGUAGCAGCAGCAGGGCAAGCAAGGCCUCAUUGCUAGAGUCUACCACAGAUGAACCUUAUUUGCCCAGUCAGCGCCAUAUUGAUGCCAGUUACAGUGAUCCAUUGGGACCACUUACAGAAAGACCACGGACAUCAGCUGGACGCAAACCUUCACAAGAUGAUGAGUUUGCUGAUGAGGAACUUGGGGAUGACCUACUCCCAGAAUAAAUAUUUCUUUAUUGUUAUAGAUAUUCAAGGCCUAAGGCAUAAUAUUUACUUUUCUCAUUUGUGUGGCACAACAUAUGUUGCAAAAUAAUCAUUGGUAAAAAGUCAGUGAUGUAAGAAUACAGAUAUCACAGUUCAGCAGAGACUGUAUGAGAAUUAAGAAAAUUCCAUGCACUGUUCUCUCUUACGUGAAUACAUUUUAAAUCUUAUGACUUCAUGAGUUUCUGCUUAUAUGUUACAGUCAGUGACAAUUCCGUCCACAGAUCUCACUUAUUAAAGAUGCACUGCCUUUAGUUUAUUUUAAAUAUAACUUUUGUACCUACAGUUACUAUAAUGCAAGAAUAUUACAUGUUUCAUACAAUGUGCUUCUAGUCAUUAAUACUAGCACAAAUGUAACGAAACCUGUGGAUAGACCAUACCUUAUCCUCUCGUCAGAAAGAAAUUGUCUCUGUAAUUAAGAGGUGCUAAUCUCAUGUGUGAUAGUACCUAUUCAUUUUGUGUAUUUAUUAAAGUAGUAAUUCACAAACAAUA